GAGGUUGAUGUAGUGCUGUACUAACGCUGCAGUGCUUCGUGUUAAUGCCUGUAAGAACCGGUCGUCCGAGUAUGAUGAAUGCAGGAGGAGACAAAACGCUGUCGAGCUCACAGUUUGAUUUGAAAAGUUAAAGAAAGUGAACAAUGUUAACGGCGACACUGAGACAUGUCGGUUUGAGCAAUAUGAACUAUGUGGUGAAGAUAAGAUAGAGCCUCUAGUGUAGUCUACUGUAAUCGGUAAAUCGUUUUACUGCUCCGGUUGUGAAAGACACUCCCGUUUAUGAGCUUUUACUCGGACUAGUUUCUUUUUUUGGAAUUCAUGGAGAACAUGGAGACGUUGACGGACGUUUUACUAGUCACUGCAAAUGUGGGCUCCUUGUUUGACAACCUUGGUGAAAUCCAGAGUGACUGGCUUCGAGAAUUCUUCACGACUGUGGACACAUACAAGCCGCGCUUCAUUGCCCUGCACUUUCAGGAGGUUGGGGGAAAGGACUACAAAUCCAACAUGGCCCAUGCAGAGACCUUCUUCUGGAUCAUUGAGUCGAGCUCAGAGAUGAAAGACUUUGACAGAGUGUGUGUGUACAUAGACACAGACUUCAAAGCAGAGGACAACUUUACAGCGCUGGGGAGCAUGUACUUCAUUCACAAGUCACUAAAGAACUGCCAGCUGUAUGAUUUCAACACCAAGGAGUUCAGACUGGUCACCGGACGCAACAAGUACGUGGGUUCUCUGGACGUGGUCAGCGCAGUGGAGAAAGAAAAAUUCCCCAGGAACUUCUGGUCUGAUAAAAAGUGGUCACGGAAGGGUUACAUGAGGACACGGUGGAUGAUUCAUGACCAGGGCCUGGAUUUGGUAAAUGUGCACCUUUUCCACGAUGCUUCUAACCUUGAAGCAUGCAAGUCUAGUCCAUCUGUGUACUCCACCUAUCGACAGAAAGCUCUUCAAUAUGUCAUCAGCAGGGUAUGUGACAGCAGUUACAGUCCUCUGCCCUUCUUCGUGUUUGGAGAUUUUAACUUCCGCCUCGACACACUAAGUCUCCUACAGAGCCUCUCCACAUCUGCUGAGGUGCAAACUGUGAAGAAAGACAGCACUAAUGAAGUGGAAAGAAUCAUCUAUGAAGAGAGAGACAACGACCACAAGCAGGUGCUUUUCCAUAUAGAGACAAAGCUGUUUGAUUACCUACACCACAUGCUUUUCAGAGAGAACAAUGGACGAGAGCUGCUGAAGUACGACAAUGAAACAGCAGCAUUCCAGGACGUCACUGCAGAAGAGAAGAUUCUCUUUCCCCCCAGUUACCCCUACAGUGAAGACUACACUAAACCCACCCAGUACAUGAAUACACGGUGCCCGUCCUGGUGUGAUCGUAUCCUCAUGUCUCACAGUGCACGGGACAUCAUCUACAGAAGAGAAGAUGGAGAAUCUAAUGUUGUAUAUAACACACUGGGCCCGAAUGUCUGCAUGGGAGACCACAAGCCUGUUUUCUUGUUCUUUGCACUGAAAACUAACAUCCAAUGACACAAAAUAUGAAAUGGUUUGCUGGUGUGUGUCAGUAAAGAAGGUUUACGGUCUGCUCUACAGUUUUGUUCUACAGACUCACAACCUGCAUGGACAUAUUCUCCAGUUUUACUGUCCUCCUGAUUUCUCUUCAUCCUACAUUCCAUCUUUUGACCAAACCCUGCAUAGUGUGACUGCAUGACAGAGCCAUGUACAUGCACGGCGCUUUCAGCACUGGCUGUUCUUAUUGUUCCAUUAUAUUAUAAUUACACAGCAUUCUGUUCGCUGCUGCCAUCAUGCUGCUCAGUAAACACACUCACAGUGACCAGAUAUUCCGGAUUUGGUCUAAUCUUCCGUUCAUUUGUAGCCUCUGGAGUCUACAUUUCUGUUUAAGUUGAUUCUGAGGCCAGUCCUAGUGUGGACAUUCCCUGUUCUUGCCCUUGUGGUUGUGUGUAUCUCAACGGUGCUGUUACUCAGAUUCUCCGAUCAAUAGAAUAUGCACGCACUGACCGCCGGGACGGAUUCGAAAGCCGUCAGUGCUGUGUGAAAUAUGAAAAUCUGUCCCAGAGCAGCUCUGGCUGACAGGCCUUCGGAUUUUUAAUUAGAGCUUCAGAACGCUACCGAAUCUUAAUACACAGCUGUUAACGUGGGGCUUUUCUGUUGAAUAUGACGAAUGGUUCACCACAUGAAAUAUUUCUUCGGACAGAAACAAAUAAGAAAGCACCAAAACUGUGAGGACUGACCACUGUCUGAGCUAGAUUUAAUAGAACCUGUAAGGUCAA